AUGGCAACGAUGAACAGGAUUAGUAGAAUCGCCGCCAUCACACGUGCAGUCGAAGGCUUCGUCACCGGCAAGCCCACUCCGCAGCGGCAUGUCCAGGUGGCUCUAUACAGUGUCAGCAGCAAUUUUAAUUCAUCUCCCAAGUCUCAUUGGUUCUCGUCUGAUAGGCUCACCGAUCACUUAGGGCACUCGAAUUGCGCCGCCGCUCAUGGAAUGGCCGGAACCAUGUUAUUCUCAGUCGCCGCCGCUCAAGAAGUCCACGCGAAAGAACCGCGGCAGUCUAAGGAGUUUAUGCCUAACGAGGUCGUUCUUUAUCAGUACGAAGCUUGCCCCUUCUGUAACAAGGUUAAAGCAUUCCUGGAUUACUAUGAUGUUCCCUACAAAGUGGUGGAGGUCAACCCCAUCAACAAAAAGGAAAUCAAGUGGUCGGAUUACAAGAAGGUGCCUAUAUUGAUGGUUGAUGGUGAAAAGAUGGUUGACUCAUCAGAUAUAGUUGAUAAAUUGUUCCAAAAAAUUCAUCCUGAGAUCCCCGUUGAUUCUGUCUCAAAUGAUGAAGGGAGGAAGUGGCGCGG